GAAACCGACCCCGGCUAUGUCCGGGCGAUGAGGUUGUUCGGCCUCAGACUGUGGAGGGGCUCAGCCCCUUUUCCCGUGACCGGGGAACACUUGUCACCUGCACACGCCUCCUCGCUCAGCACGUCUCAGCACUUUAACACCGUACGUUGCGUCAGGUUGCGUCCCCUGUCACUUGACUCCCUUAGGUGCACGCCCCAUGGAUCGCAUGGCGGUCCGCUAGUGUACUCGGGCCGCAGGGGAAAGCGCGUGCCGCACAAACCCUGUGCCGCCAUCGCAAACGCAUUAUGUUUUAUACGGCGGCGUGUCACAACAUACUUGUUACAUAGUAUUAGCUGCUUGGCCCUGAAGUGCAUAAGCGCACGAGAAAUAACCAAACUUGUUCGUCAGCAGACGCGCUUUGCAAGACUUACUUUACUUCGAUGACAAGCAGCAAUUAAUUGGCCGUAAGGCCAAUCUUUAAACAGACAGCUUGAUAAGCUGUGCAGCGAGAAUGUCCGAUUCUGAGGAGGACUACCGGCCAACGGCGCCCAGUGCGCCCCGCGUCAAGCGAUUUCGUUUUAAGACAUUUGCAGAGCGCGUGAAGGAGGUCGAGGUCGAUGUGUACCGCAGUCGCGCGGCCGUCAAGGCCGAGCCCACCGGCGGCUCCUGGCUGGCGGACGCGCUCACGCAGUGGCGAGAGCUCAACAGCGCCUCACACUUCCUGCAGGCCGCCGCGGAGGUCCAGAACCUGUGCCAGACGCUGCCGCAGCUGCUGCACCACCGCGAGGCCGUGGCGCGCAUCCUGAUGGGCGCGCUGGAGCCGGCGGCGCGGCUAUCGCUGCCGGCGCUGCUGGCGCUGACGGCGGCGCUAGCACGCGACCUGCAGCAGGAGUUCCUGCCGCUGCUGCCGCGGCUGGUGCGGCGGCUGGUGGCGCUGCUGGACGGGGGCGCGGAGCGGGAGCCCGAGUCCCUGGAGGCUGUAUUCACGGCCGUGUCCGCCAUCUUCAAGCACCUGGUCCGCCACCUGGCCGCCGACCUGCCGGCGGCACUGCGCGUGUCGGCGCCGCUGCGCUACCACUCAGCCGACUACGUGCGCCAGUUCGCGGCGCAGGCCGUGGGCUUCCUGCUGCGCGCCGCGCCCACGCCGGCAGCGCUGCGCGCGGGCGUGCGGACGGUGCUGGCGGAGCAGGCGGCGCGGCCCAGCCCCGAGCGCACGGACGGAGCGGGCCUGGUGCUGGCCGAGGCGAUCCUCAGCGUCAACCACGGCCUGCACAGCCGCGCGCCGCAGGUGCUACAGCUGCUGCUCAAGGAGGACCUGCUACAGCCGUCUGACCUGCGGCCCGCCGGCGCCGCGCCCGCCACUCCCGCUGCUGCUGCUACUGCCGCCGACGCCGCGGCCACCGGCAAGCAGAAGAAGAAAGGCGCGGCGGCGGCGGCGGCGGCUGCAGCCGCCACUCCCGCUGCCUCUGCCGACGCAGACGCCGCCGCAGACGCCGGACGGCGGCCCCCUGUGACGCAGGAGCAGCUGCGGGCGCGGGCGGCGGCGGUGGCGCGCGUGGCGCUGGCGCGGCUGCUGACGCACCUGCGCCGCGGCCGCGGCUGCGAGCUGUGGCAGGCCUUGCUGACAGAGACCAACACCAGGUACAAGGCCUUUGAAGCCCUGGCGGCGCCCGCCGCCACCUCGGGCGCCGGCGGCGCGGCGAGGCUGUCGCCGGCGGCGGCCGCCGCCGGUCGCAGCCUGGGCCGCAGCCUGACGCUGGUGUCUGACGCAGUGGACUACUACCGCGGCAGUCGGGUGGAGUCGUACAGCCCGAUCCUGGAGCUGCUGGGGCGGCUGAUGCGGCCGCCCACCUGGCUGCCCACCUCCCUGGGGGCGGCGGCGGCGGCGGCAGGGGCGGCGGGUGGCGCAGGAGGAGACCAGGCGUCGCCGGGGAGUGCCAGUGGCAGCGGGCUGACGUCAGCUAGCCCCAGCCCCACGCCCAGCCCGCGCCCCAGCACCGGGGGCCAGGGUCAGGGACACGGGCCCGGGCGGGAUGAGGCGGCGGGCGACGACGACGAGGAGGAGGAGGAGGAGGCGGGCGUGGGGUCCCUUUACGACGUGUCGCUGUCGGCAUGUGUGCUGGAGCUGGUGCGGGGUGUCAUCCACGGCCACCUCAAGACGGUGGGCGCCAGCGAGGGACUGGCGGCGUUGGGCGGCCGCUGCGCCGGCGCCGCCUGGGCGCCCUGCUUCAGCCGGCCGCCGGCGGCGGAGGCGCUGCCCUUCAUCAAGGCGCUCAUGGUGUGGCCGGCGGGCGUGGACGUGGCGCGCGUGUUUGGGCCGCAGAUGAUGGGGUGCCUGGGCCGCAUCGUCAUGAGCAGCGAGGGCGGCGGCGCCAGCGCCGGCAGCGGGAGCAGCGGAAAGGGCAAGAGCGGCAGCGGUGGGGGCCAGCCGGAUGGCGGCGACGGCGCGUUCUACGCCGGCGCGGCGCUGCUACUGCUGCGUGACUUGUGCGAGCUGCUACAGCCGUCCGGGUCGGGCGCGGCGGCGGCGGCGGCGGGGCCGUCGGGGCUGCCGCUGCUGCUGACGGCGCAGCCGCACGGCGUGAAGCUGGCGGCGCACGUGCGCGCCAUGGCGCUGGAGUGGCAGCCGCCGGCAGUAGCAGCUGCUGCCACUGGUGCUACAGCCGGCGCAGGGGAAGGAGGGGCCGCGGAGCGCCGCCGGCACGCGGCGGCCUGGGCAGCGGUGUCGCUGCUGCCGCAUGCGUGUGAGAGCACGGCCCAGGCGGUGGCGGCGUGCGAGCACGUGCUGCAAGUCGCAACAGCUGCGCUGCAGAAGCAAAGCCCAGCGGCAGCAGCAGCUGCUGCUGCUGCUGCAGCGGCGGCGGCGGCGCCGGAUGCUGACGGCGCCGGCGGCGACGCGGACGGUCUCAGCGGCCUGCUGCUGCUUCGUGCUACAGCCACGGAGAUGCUGUCAGACCUUCUGCAGCGGCAGCAGGCUGCUACAGCUGGCGGCGCGGGGUCGGCUGUAGCCGCCGCCGGCCUCUCCUCGGGCCUGGUGUCUGCCGCGGAGGCGGCGCUGCAGUGGGUGCUGGACUGCUGCGGCGAGCCGGCAGUAGCAGCUGCGGAGGCGGAGGCGGGCGGCGACAAGGACAAGGACAAGGACGCGCGGCGCGCGCAGCGGCGGCAGGAGCACGCGCAGCAGCGGCAGGAGGCGGCGGGCUCCAGCGGCGCCGACUUCGCCUCUAUCCGCGCCGCGGGCACCCUGCUCGGUGCCGUCCGCACCGCCCUGGAUUCCGCCACCUCCUCCGCCGCCGCCGCCGCGUCUUCCGCACCCUCCUACAUGGGCGCCGGCGCCGCGGUGUCCGCCGCCCGCGCGCUGCUCUCCACCGCCCGCCUGCAAGCCGUCCUGCCGCGGCUGGCGCCGCUGCUCGCCGCCGAGUCGCAGCCGCAGCGCGCCGCCGUGCUGCGCCUGCUGUGCUGCUUCGAGCAGCCCCAGCUCACCGGCUUGGGCGCAGACGCCAAGGACCCGACGUCGGAGACGCCGGCGUCUGCCGCCAAGCGCGACGCCGCCGCGGCAGCCGCGCCCAAGUGCGACCUGCUGACGGUGCUUCACGGCAUCAACAGCCAGCCGCCCAGCAUUGAGAGCGGCCGGCGCUGGAACGUGGCGCUGGGGCGGCUGCGGACCUAUCUGGAGUACAGCAGGAUCCCGGAGUUCCUGGUUCCGGCCCUGGUGUACGGCAUGGUGGGGGUGCUGUACAUCCGCUUCAGCCCGCUGUGGGGGCCCGCCAGCGAGGCGCUGGCCGUGGCGCUGCAGUACAGGGCCAAGGUGUCCUGGCCCAUCGUGUUUGCCUUUCUCAGCUCCUCCCAGCAGCUGCUGCUCUCAGGCGACUUCCCACACGCCGCCGCCGCCACCAGCGCGCGCGCGCACGGCGGCGACAGGGCCGGCGGCGGCCGGGGCGGCGGCAAGGCUGGUUUCAAGGGCGGGCGGCGGCGCAGCUUUGCGUCCGUGUCUGCGGCGGUGCACUCAGAGCCGGUGGCUCAGGAGCGGCCUGUGUCUCAGGACGCGGGAGUGAUUGAGGCGCUGGAAGACCGCUACAACAACGCUGCGGUAGCCGGCACACCCGAGGCCGCCGGCGGCGUGACGGACCCGCAGAACCGGCUCAGCCACGUGCUACGCGCCAUGGCCAAGGCGCCGCACGACAUCAUCGAGCAGUUCUCCAGGGACUGGGCGCCGCUGUUCAUUCAGUACACGGCCGCACGCGGCUCCUAUUUCGACGACGGAGAGGGCGACGUAGAGGCGGCUGUGGCGGCGGCGCGCGCCGCCGCGGCGGCGGCCGCGCACGCGGCAGCGGCCGAGGCCAUCGCAGACAAGGCGGCGGUGGAGCGGCCGGCGAAGAAGGCCCGCCGUGGCGGUGAGGCCGACGAUGCGGCAGCGGUGGAGGAGCGACGCAAGUCGAACGCCGCCGCCUCCACCAGCGCAGACGCCGCCGCGGCAGCGGCAACGCCUGCCAAGGGCCGCGGCAAGGGCAAGAAGGGCGCUGGCGACGCGUCUGCCUCCACGCCCGCGGCCCCGGCCCCCGCCCCCGCUCUGCCCUCCACCUCCGCCUCCGCUCCCGCCUCCGCUCCGCCCGCCACCGCCUCCGCUACCGUGUCCGUGCUGUCGCGCAUCGGCGGCAAGACCUGGCGCGCGGGCCUGCUGGACUGGCUCAAGCUCCUGUCGGGUCUGAAGGGCGUGCGCGGUCUGCACCGCUGCGAGGAGCUGCAGCGCGCCGUAGCCAGCCACCUGCUUGAGCCGGACGCGGGCGUGCAGGGCGCGGCGCUCAAGUGCCUGCGGCCCUGGCGGCUGCGCUGGUUGCCGGUGGAAAUGGCGGACCGGCUGGCGCGGCUGGUCGACGACAACACGCUGCGGGAGGAGCUGGCCGUGUUCCCUCUGGCGCCCGACGCCGACCAGGGAGUGGGCGAGGAGGCGCGGCCCGGCCUGGUGCCGCUGCUGGUGCGCCUGCUGUUUCCCAAGAUGCGCAAGCGCUCUGGCCGCCUGGGCGGCCGCGGCGCGCCCGGCUCCGCGCGCGCCGCCAUUCUCAACUUCCUAGCCAACCUCCGCCCCGCCGAGCUGCGGCCGUUGCUGGAGCUGCUGCUGGAGCCAAUGGCGAUGGCUUUUGUGGAGCCGCCGGCGGCCGUGGCGGCGGCGGCGGCGCCGCGGCCCGGCGGCGCGGCGGCGGAGGCGGAGGCGGCGGAGCUGGACCGGUUCCGGCUGCUGCCGCCGCCGAGGUGGAGUGCGGCGAUGCUGGGUCGCGGCGUGGGCUGGUGGCUGGCGGCGGUGGAGCAGGCGGCGCUAGACGCAUUGCCGCCGCGGCGCAAGAUUGGCUUCCUCAACGCCUUUGAGGACCUGCUGACGCACCUGGGCCACGGCGUGGAGCCCUUCCUGCCCACCCUCACCGCCAUCACCCUGCGGCUGCUCGCCACAGCCACAGCCGCCAUCAGCGCAGACCAGGCGGCGGCGGCCGCAGAGGCGGAGGCGGAUGUGGCGGCGGAGGAGGCGGAGCGCGCGGCCAAGGCCAGCGCCAAGAAGGGCCCCGGCUACGGCAAGGGCCGGCCUGGCGCUGGUGCUGCGGCUGGUGCUGGUGUUGCUGGCGGGCAGGCGGAGGACGGGCAGGGUGGGGUCCAGGUGGAGGAGAGUGACGCAAUGCAGGUGGACGGCGGCGCAGAUGCCGAUGCCGCUACCGGUGCUGGCACCGGCAAGGACGCAAAGCAGAAGAAGUCAAUAGUAAAGGAGGCCGCCCGCGAAGCCGGCGCAGAAGACGCGGAUAGGGAGGCUGCCGGCGAGGAGGGUGAGGGUGAGGAAGAGGAGGAUGAGGAUGAGGAGGCAAUGGCGGCGGCGCGCGCACCCGCGGAGCGGCACCGUGAGGUCCGUUCGGCGGCGCUGCGGCUGCUGGCGCAGGUGUGGCUGCGCUUCCCCGCUACGCCGGUGCUGGACCUGAACGAGGUGUGGCCGGUGUUCAUGCCCGCGGUGCAGCCGCUGCUGGGGCGGCUGCAGUUCGAGGCGGCGGCGUCCAAAGAGCCGCCGCUGCUGGAGUGCGUGCUGUCCCUGUCACUCAGCCCCGGACUGGCGCGAGUGCUGGGAGACCUGCCCUCCGUGCCAGACGCCUCUCUGUCGCUGGUGCGGCCAGCCGGCACGUCUGCAGCCACCGCGGCCGCGCUGGCGGCGGCGGCGCGCGGCGAGGCGGCGGCGGUGGAGGCGUCGGCGGAGGCGGACGCGGCGGCGGAGGCGGCCAUAGCGGCGAUGGAGGCUGCGGCGGGGCCCAAGGCGGAGUGGCAGCUGCGCGGGCAGGGCAGUGCGCUGGUGAAGGCAGUAGUGGGCAUGCUGUGCCUGCCGCGCUGCACCGAGGUCGUGCGCGCCACUGUGCUUGACGUGCUGGACUCGGUGCUGGGCUGCGGCGAGGCGCUGCUGCGGCGCGUGCUGCUGCCCUGGCUGGCGGACGUCCUCACGGCACUGCACACAGCCAUUGCGCAGUCGUGGGAGGGAGGCGGAGGCGGCGAAGCAGGAGCAGGAGGAGGCGCGGCAGCCGGCCGCAACCGGGGCCGGCGGCGGCCUCCCACCUCCACCGCGCACCGCGAGUUGGGCAUCCUGGAGCGGCUGGGCGGCUUCGUGUCUGACCCGCACCUGGCGUCACGCCUGGCGGACAGCCUGGUAGCGCUGCUGGCGCAGGCCGGCGCUCGCAGCCUGCGGCAGCGCUCCACCUCCAAGAAGGCGGCUGCGGGCCGGUUGGACGAGUGCGGCGUGGGCCGGGCGCUGGGCGCGAUGGCGGCGCUGUGGCGCAAGCUGACGCCCGGGCAGCUGGACAAGGCGGAUGUGGAGCGCUACUGCGAGUCCAUGUCCAUGUGGGCCAUCCGCCUCAACACCCGCGACGCGCGCGCCUCGCUGGCCGCCGCCUACGGCGCGGUGGCGGCGCUGCUGCCGGCGCUGCAGCCCACCGCGGCGCUGCUGGCGGAGCUGACGUCCUGGGCGGCGGCCAGCCUGGACGAGGUGGACUACGACCGCCGCAUGGCCGCCUACAGCCGGCUGACGCCCGAGGCCUGGUCCGGCAUGGGCCGCCUGCAGGCGCUGCCGCUGGCGCUGGCGGCUCUUCACGACCUGCGCAACGCCACAGACCUGGCCCUCCGCCAGGCCGCCGCCACCUCCCUCGCCGCCCUCAUCACCGCGCUCGCCGCCCUCGACGCCUCCACCUCCUCCUCCUCCGCCCCCACCACCACAACCUCCGCCACCACCACAACCGCCGCCACCGAUGCAGCCGACGACGCCGACGCGCCGGACAGCCUUCUCCGCCUCAUCGGCCGCGUGCUGUUCCCGCAGCUCAAGACGCAGCUGGGGCACCCCAGCCUGGCGGUGCGGCAGGAGCACCUGGCGCUGCUGCGGCUGCUGGCGGAGGCGCUGCCGCGCCGCUUCCCGGACCUGGCGGCGCUGCUGAGUUCCGACCCCGAGACCGACUUCUUCAACAACGUGGCGCACCUGCAGAGCCACAGGCGCGUGCGUGCGCUGGCCAAGCUCACCAAGCUCAUCCGCCAACAGAUCGACGCCCAAGCCCCCUCCUCCACCUCCGCCUCCGCCUCCGACGCCCCUGCCCCCACCACUGCCGACCGCCCGCUGCUCGGCCGCGUGCUGAUGGACGUGGUCGUUCCCCUCCUGCAGCAAUUCAUCCAGGAGGCUGCAGGCCUCGGCGGCGCCGACGUCAGCCGCGCCCACGACAAGAAGCAGACGGACCUGGACAAGGAGGCCAACGUCACGGACGCCGCCGUCGGCGCGCUGGGCGCGGUGGCGGCGCUGCUGCGCUGGCCGCAGUACGAACAGCUGCUCAACCAGUUCAUGCGCAUGAUGAAGGGCCGGCCCGCCAAGCCGCUCAUCCGCGCCGUGUGCGCCAUCAUCGACAACUUCCACUUCCCGCUGCCCGCCUCCGACGAGGAGGAGCCCGGCGGCGGCGGAGCCGCCGCCACCGCCGCCGGCCCUGGCGCCGCGGCGCCAGCCGCCGCGACUGGCGCCGCGAAGCGGCCGCACGCCGACGGCGAGGAGGAGGAUGAUGAGGACGAGGAGGAGGAUGAGGCGGCGGCGGCGGCCGCCGUCGCUGCGGCGGCGGCGGACGCGGAGGCGGAGGCGCGCGCCGUGCAGCGCAGUCUGCUGGUGCGCAUCCUGCCCGCGCUGCACGAGCAGCUGGUGGACAAGGGCCGCCGCGGCGAGGACGAGGAACUCAACCAGAGCAUCCGCGCGCCCGUGGCGCUGGCGCUGGUCAAGCUGCUCAAGCUGCUGCCGCCCGCCGCCGAGCGCGCGGAGCUGCCGCGCGCGCUGCAGGGCGUCACGAACCUGCUGCGCGCGCGGCUGCAACGCAUCCGCGACGACGCGCGUGCGGUGCUGGUGUCAAUGAUGGCGGAGCUGGGACCGCGCUACCUGCCGUACGCGUGCCACGUGCUGCGUGCCUCGCUGCCCGACCGGGGCUUCACGGCGCACGUGAUCGGGUUUACGUUGCACGCCGUGCUGGAGGCUGUGGUGGGCGUGGCGAUGCGCGGGCAGAGCGCGGCGGCGGCCGCGGCGGCGGCGGUGGCGGCGGCGGACAAGGAGGACGACGAGGAGGGCGGCGGCGGCGCCGGCAAGGGCGGGGCCAAGGCCGGCUAUGAUGUGGAGGAGAUUGUGGAGGGUGAGGAGGCGCCGGAGGAGGCGGGCGCCGGCGGCGCGGGGGCUGUGGCGGUGGUGGAGGAGGCGGAGGAGCCGGAGCCGCAGGGGCCGGUGGGCGUGCUGGACGAGUCGCUGGAGCUGUGCUUGCCCCUCAUCGAGGCGGACCUGUUCGGACACGUCUCAGAGGCCAAGGAGGUCUCCAACUUCGCCAACCAGUACAAGGAGGCCAAGCGCUGCCGAGCUAACGACGCCUACCAACUGCUCGCCACCGGCAUCACCUUUGGAACGCACAUGCGCAUCCUGCUGUCCACCGUCACCAGCAAGCUCGCCUACGCGGGGCAGCCCGGCAUGCGAGCCAAGCUGACGCUGCUGCUGCAGUACGCGGCGCGCGGCGUGCGUGUCAACCCCACCGCCGGGCCCAAGCAGAUCAUGGCUCUGUGUGUGGGCCUCAUGGAGGGCUGCCUCACACGCGAGGAGGCCGCACGCGCACGCGCCAAGGCCGCCGUCGGCGCCGCCGGCUCCGGCGCCGCCGGCCUGGCGCCCGCCGCCGCCGCCAUCGUCGCCGCCGCCGCCAAAUCCGAAUCCGAGGCCGACCGAGCCGCGCUCCACGAGACCCUGGUCCUGGAGUUCUGCCUCACGCUCCUCCACUCCGCCGUGCGCCGCGGCGUGCUCGCCGGUGCCCGCCGCUCGCCGGAGCUUCUGCAGCUCCUGGAUCCCGCGCUGCCGCUGCUGGUGCGGGCGCUGCGCAGCCGCCACGCGGGCUGCGUGAGCCUGGCUCUGCGCACGCUGAGUGCGGUGGUGGGGCUGCCGCUGCCCGGCAUGGCGGAGGCGGCGCCGGAGGCGGGGCGGGCGCUGAGCGCGCUGCUGAAGAAGGUCCCCAACACCCGGCACCCCAUUGCGCAGGACUGCUUCCGGCUGCUUGCGGCGCUGCUGCGCGACUGCGCCGCCUACAGCCCCACCACCGCGCAGCUGCGCUUCCUGCUGCGCUGGGCCUUUGAGGACCUGGGUGAGGCGGGCAGCCAGCCCACCAGCUUCGCGCUGCUGCGCGCGCUGCUGGGGCGGCGGGUGGUGCUGCCAGAGGUGUACGACGUCAUGGAGCGGGUGCAGCAGAUCAUGGUCCGCUCCCAGUCCGCCGCCGUGCGCUCCUGCUGCGGCGCCGCGCUGCUGGCCUUCCUGCUCGACUUCCCGCUGGGUCCGGCGCGGCUCAAGAGCCACGUGGGCUUCCUGCUGGCCAACCUGGAGUACGAGUACGAGAGCGGGCGGCUGGCGGCGCUGGACAUGCUGGGGCAGGUGGUGGCCAAGUUCCCGUCCGAGUUGCUGCAGGCCCAGUCCGACCUACUGCUGAUGCCGCUGGUGGUGCGGAUGGUGAACGACUCCUCCUCCAAGGCCCGGGCCGCCGCCGGCGACGUGCUUCGUUCGCUGCUGUCCCGACUGGAGCCGCCGCAGAUGGACCGCGCCUUCGCCUACUGCCGUGCCUGGCUGGAGCGCGGCGGCGGACAGAGCGGCGGCGCCGACGCGGCGCUGCGGCGCGCGGCGGCGCAGACGCUGGGCUUUGUGGCGGAGGCGGAGGCGGGCCGCUUCGGGCGGCGGCUGGGCGAGGUGGCGCCGGCGCUGCUGCGCAUCCUGCAGCGGCAGGCCGCCACCAGCGAGGGCGACGACGACGCCGGCCCCUCGCACGACGACGAGUCCGCCGCCUCCGAUACCGCUUGCCCCGGCUGGCAGGAGGCCUACUACGGCCUGCUACUGCUGGAGAAGGUGGCCGCGGCGCCCGGCGCCGGCUCCGCCGCGCUGGCCUGGCCCGCGCCCGGCGCCGCCGCCCCCGCGGUCGCGGGGGCGCUGGAGCUUGCGCCGGAGCUGUGGCGCGCCACCUGCCGCCUGCUGCUGCAUCGGCACAUGUGGGUGCGCAAGGCCGCGGCGCGGCUGGUGGGUCACGGGCUAGCCUCGCCGCGCGUGUCCGGCGGCUUGCUGGCACCCCGCGCCACCGCCGCCGCCGCCGCCGGCAAGGCGGCGGCGGCAGCGGCGGCAGCGGCGGCAGCCGCCGCCAAGGGUGGUAAGGCGGCGCUGCCGCGUGAGCCCAGCCCGGCGGGCGAGCUGGCGUUUGCGUUCUUCCUGCAGCUGGAGUGCGAUGCGGCGGAUGAGGCGACCUGCCUGCAGGCCGUCAAGUGCCUGGUCAACCUGGCCGUGCGGCUGCAGGCGGAGACGGAGGCGGCGGCGGGCGCGAACGGCGCUGGCGCAAACGGCGUGAAGAAGGCCAAGGCUGCGAACGGCGUCGCUGCUGAGGGUGCGGAGGAGGACGACGAUGAGGCCGGCGAGGGCGAGGAGGCGGAGGAGGCGGAGGAGCAGCAGCAGGACGAGGAGGAGGCGGAGGCCGAGGCCGCCGCCGCUGCGGCGGCGGUGGACGACGCAGUCGACGACGAUGGCGACGACGCGAGCAUGGCAGACCAAGUCGCCACACGCGCCUUCACGCUGCGUGGCCUAGUGCGGCGCAUCGCCCGCCUCGCCGACGACGCGCGCUGGCACCGCGUGCGCCAGCGCGCCGCCGCGCUGCGCUGGACCGCCGCCGCCGCCAGCGCCCUGGGCCCCGCCGGCAUUGCGCCGCACCUGCCCGUGCUCCUCCGCCCCCUCUACCGCAUCUCCGAGGCCGUGGCCACCAAGGCCGCCAUCGCGGGCUCGUUGAGCACAGCCGCGGCGGCGGCGGCCGCCGCCACCGGCAGCCGCCUGCCAGACGAGAUCCGCGCGCUGAGCGAGGAAGUGAUGGCCCACCUCCGCGGCCUGGUGGGCAGCGAGGUGCUGCUGUCGGCCUACAACGCGGCGCGCGAGCACGUGCGCAGCGCGCGGUCGGAGCGCAAGCGGCGCAGCGCGGUGCGCGGCGCGGUGGACCCGGCGGCGGCGGCGGCGGCGCGGCUGCGGCACGGCGCGCGCAAGACGGAAGGGCGCAAGCGGAAGAUGGAGAUGAUGAAGCGGGAGCGCGGCGCGGGGGGAGGCAGGGGCGGCCGGCGCGGGCGGGGCGGCGCGGGAGGCUUCAAGCGGCCGCGGGCGUAAGGAAUGGACAUUGUGUGUGGGAGUGUGUGUUUGUGUGUGGUGGGGGUACUUUAAUCCAAUCGCAACGUUUUUAGUAUCAACUGCACCGCGCGGGAGAAUUGCUGCAGCGGCGUUGAACACGUACGCAUGAGCGUGCCGCAGAAGAAUCUCGGCAAGGUUUGCAACAAUAGUACAGCUUCUGGCAGGGUGCACCCCUGGCUUCGGGUCUCGUCUCUGCGAGUGAGGCAGGAUGAGACUGUGCGGCAUCUGCCAUGGACUGGUGGAUACAGGCGCCUCGAGCGCGACCAGGUUAGCGCGCUGGAGCACUGGAUGAGAAGUUAAAGUUAUGAGGUGUGCGGCGGACUUCAACUGCCGUAACGCAACUGCACUGUGCAGGCGGAGGACACUGCGUGUUCUCCAUUCUUCCUGGGAACUGUCCCCAUGCGUGUCGUGUAACACAACUUGGCA